UCAUCGCCGUGACGGCCGCGGCAGCUCCUGCACCGACGGGAUGAGGUCCGGGGCAGCUGAUCCACAGCGACUGGUGCUGCUGGUCCUGCUCAGCUCCGUAAUUUUGGAAGCCGCUGCCAGCUACAGCUACGACGUCCCGACGAAAACAUUCGAUGAAGCUGGAGAAGCGCCAAACUUCCCCAUGGCUGUGAUGGAAGAGCUGCGGCAUGCCACCAGACUGACGACGCCGCUGUACGCACGAAUGGAGGGCACCCUGGACGCCGAGACGGUUGAAAGGGGCAGUGACGAGCUAAGCGAGGAGGAGGGCAGCGGCCAGCAGCCGAGCGAGCCGCCGGAGGAGCAGAAGGAGGCGCCCAGCCCGCCGCCGGCCGGCGCUCAGAACGCUGCCGUCCCCACGCUCGGCGUGUUUAACUCGCCGCUGCCAGUGCUGCCGCCGCCGGCCUUGCUGUACAGCCAGCCCAUCUGCCUGGCCCCUAACGGCGAGCGGGGAGUGUGCCACGCCGCCGUUGGAUGCUACCUGCGCGGCGGCACCUACAGCAGCAUCUGCGCCGACGAGCGCGGCGUCUGCUGCGUCUUUAAACACAGCUGCAACAUCGAAACCAAAGAGCGUCUCACCUACUACAGGAAUCCAAGUUUUCCUGAAGAUGACGUCGGUAACCUGCUCUGCAACUACCAAGUUACCGUCGGGCCGGAUAUAUGCGGUGUGCGGCUUGACUUCUUAAACUACAGCACACCGGUGUUGAAGAAGUGCCUCGAUUCGCAGCUGACUUACUUGGUCGGGAAAUCUGAAAGGUCUGUGCCUUUCUGUGGCAUGCUAAAAGGAACUUCAGUGACGAUCCCGGUGAUCGAGCAGGACGGCCCGCUCGUCAUCAACCACGUGCUAGGCGGGUCCGUGCCGUACCACUUCAACAUCCGGGCCACACAGAUCCGCUGCGCAUCGGUGCCUGACGUCAGCGAGCGUGAGUGUGUGCACUGA